GCCGCUGUUCGACUCGCGACCUGCUGUGAAAGAGUUACACAUAUAAACUCCUUUCCCCUCCCCAUCAACGUCACCAUCCCUCCGAAACUAACAACAUGGAGUCCGGUGUUUAGUGGGCAAAAACGGUCUUCACCGUCAACCAAACAUAUAUGCUUUUCCCGGUGCCCCCGAGGGACGCGCGCGACGCUCCUGGACGCGUGUAACGGAACGCGCAUACACAUGCACUAUAGGCGGCGGUGUGUUCAUGUCAUAUGAAAUCAUACCGGACCUGGAGAGCGAGAGAUGUGAUUGGACGCAGGAGAUCCCAAAGACAGGCCGCUUUCUGAGAGGUAAAAAGCAGCUGUGCCCAAACCAAUGCAUCAGGGGACCAUGGAGCUUGAAGGUGACCUCUUGACCAGGGACCCUCUUGAUCUGAUGUCCAACCAAGAGGAGGGGCCUUCAACAUCAACCUCCUUACUCAACUGCACCUUACUGGGAGGGUUAUCUCACGGUGGCAUUGUGGAGAGCGGUGAUGGCCAAGAAGAUUUUGAAAGUCCAAAAUGCUUGUUCCCCACGCUGGAGCAAUGUGGAAAGGCACAGAUAAGCCCCCGGUUGUCAGCAUUCCCUUCAUCUCUCACUUGGGACUCGGACUCAGAAAAGGAAACCUUAGACGAGGAAGAACUUCAACACUUUUCUAACCCUCAUGGUCUGGCUGCUCACAGCCCGGGAAGUCAAAUCUCUGGACAACAGGACGACAGACUUAACAUUGAUCAAUGCCAAGAACAUGAGCAAUCAAAACAAUUAUUUCAUGAGAAGAUCAUCCCUAGCCCACUGGAGGUGCAAAACCAAGAUGAUCUAGCACACAGGCAUCCAACAAGUACAGACUCACAGAAACAUUCAGAAAAAAUGGAACAAGACAACGUGAACCAUUUUCCAGAUGUUACACCAAAAGAUGGAUCCCAAAAAGAAAAGGAAGGUGAUUUGAAAAAGCAUAACCUGAAGGGAAUGGUAAAGAAGAAUACCAAAGAGACAGAUAUAUACACCUUCCCGGGUGACUCCGAGCCAGAGAGCCCACCGCCCGGGCCUUGGGCACACUGCACCUUUAUCCAACGCAAGAGGAAAAAGAGGGCCAUACUGAGGCCUUUUUCCGGACUGGGGAAUUGGCAACGUACCACAGGAGCUGGCAGAAGGACCAAGGGGAAAUCCUCAGCAGCAAAGGAGCUUAAGAAAGCCAAAGACACUGAGGGAGGAAUAUUUGAGUGUAAGGAGGAAAAGGGAAAGAAGGUACAGAAAAGACAGAAGAGGUCAGUUGUGGGCCAGCUGGGUGGAGACCUCUGUCAAGAUAUUUUCACAUGUGUAGAGUGUAGCAUCUAUUUCAAAAAACAAGCCCAUCUUUGGGAACAUAUGCGAGAGCACGGUCAAGUCAAGCUUGGGAAGAAAUGGCAAUGCGGAGAGAAAGAGUCUUGGAGUGAACAGCUUAAUAAAAGCUUUGAAUGUGUAGAGUGUGGCAUGGAGUUUCUAGACCAAUUAUUGCUGCUGGAUCAUCACAGACGCCAUGAGGAAUCACGGCGGAAAAUCUUGAAAGAAAUUGGAAAAUUAAAUGAGAGGGAAAAGCAAAUGGCAGAGCAAGCUAGUUGCAGUAAAACGUUGGAGCCGGUCACUGAAAAGUCGACAGAGGUCGGCUCUGGCAGGUUUGUGUGUAUGAAGUGCAGCUUUAGUUGUGAUGUGCCUCAAGAGCUUGCAGACCAUGCCAAGACACACAACACUAGAACAAGAGCCGGUGUCUAUCGAACUUCACCUCGUUUUCAGCAGAGGGCCUGCAAAAAAGGACAGGUUGAACCUUCAGCGGAUGCUUUGACAACGGAUGCUGUCGCCUCACCUUUUAGCAAGAGGUACCCCAUUCGAGCAUCAAAAAAAAUUAAAAUGCAACUUAAAGAGGACACUACCCAAAUGCAAAAUACCUCUGCUUGCACAUCCCAAGGAGAAAAGAGCCCUGACAAAGCAACCCUGCAUGCGGAUACAAUCCAAUUGGAGGAAUCAAUCCAAACAGAAGAGCCCAGAACCCUUGGCACUGAUCCUGUAGAAGAGAACAUCCUACAGCCUCAAUGUCCUAUAUCACCGCCUCCAAAACCUCGCAAAAAUGCUGCUCCGCGGCGUAGGGAUGUGGCAUUCAAGAGCAUAGGAAAUAAGCGGUCAGCCCGGGGUGCGAAGGGUAAGGUGGGGCGCACGAGGGGAAGCAUGAGAUUGGGUCCCAAGUCCAAUCUGACUCGCGAUGUUAAACAACAGGUUGAAAUUUCAAACGAGACCAAAGAGAAGAACCCAAGAGAAGGCACUCUAACACCAGAACCAGAGCUUGAUCCAAACAAAGACACCAAUACAGGAAAAAAUCCACCGGUCAGUUCUGUGGAUCGCAAAGCUUCCUUCUCACCAAAGAAGAGCAGCAAAAAGCUUCAGCCACAUGAAGAAGAUCCCAAACUCAGCAAAGACAAAUCUGAUAGUGUAUGCAAGCUUGAGGAGGAGGACAAGGUUGUUGCUGCAAAAGUAGAGGCUGACGAUGAUAACGAUGCAGACGAACAUGACAAUGAUGUGGUUAAUCGUCUCAUUGGUGUGUUAACGGAGGAGGAUGAUGAUGAUGAAGAUGAUACAGAGGGGUUGUUGAAAAGCGUGGAAAGAAAAUGCCCUUAUUGCCCAGACCGAUUUCACAAUGGCAUUGGACUAGCCAAUCACGUCAGAGGUCACCUGAACCGAGUAGGUGUCAGUUACAAUGUUAGGCACUUCAUCUCCCCAGAAGAGGUCAAUGCCAUUGAGAAGAAGUUCUCCUUCCAAAAGAAGAAGAAAAAAGUUGCCAACUUUGAUCCGUCAACCUUCAGUGUGAUGAGAUGCGAGUUCUGCAGUGCUGGCUUCGACACCCGGGCGGGUCUUUCCAGUCACGCACGUGCCCAUCUCAGAGACUUUGGAAUCACCAAUUGGGAAGUCACAGUUUCCCCCAUUAAUGUUCUCCGGCAGCUCUUUGCUAAGCAUCCUAAUCUUGUUCUACCUACACCCUCUCAUACACUUCAGUCAAGUCAAGACGAAAUCUCUGAUGAGGAGCAUGAAGAGGAAAAACUUGAGGAACAUGAGGAGAACACGACCACAAAGUCCCUCACUUUCUUUCCUGAUUCUCCAAAACAGCACUGGAAGGAAAAGCACAAUAUCAUGGAACCAGAUGAGGGUGGUGAUGAGGUGGAGGAUGAUGACGAAGAUGAGGAGGAGGCCAAAAUAGCCCUUACAGAUAACUUGUCCACAAGUCCAGGAGAAAAAGAUUUGUUUUCCCAUCAGGAACAGACUCCUGAAUCCAAAGAGACAGACUCCAUAGCCUCCAGUUUAUUAAAAUGUGAAUUUUGCGGUGCCACCUUUGAGACACGUCGAGGUUUGUCCAGUCAUGCCCGCUCUCACCUACGCCAGUUAGGCAUCGGUAUGUCAGAGAAGAGUGGAGCACCUAUUGACCUCCUACGACAGAUCUCUAAGGAACGUGCCAUGGAUACACGUUUCACUGGCACCCCUCCAUCCAUGGCGUCCCCUAAAAAACCCCAGCAUCAUGCCCUGUCUAUACCCAGCCCCACAAAAGAUAUCGAAACCGAAGAGGAACUUCUGGACACCAAGCCUACGGUCUCGUUCUCCGCAGGAUCAGUUGUAAAAGUUUCCUCAUCCCCAGCUACUUCCUCCAUGGCUGGCUCUUUGCCCUCGUCUCCAUUCGUAAAAUCGCGCUCUCCUUCUCCAGUACUGAGAAAGGCUCCCAUCUCUUCCUUGCUGCCUGUUUCUUCCCCACUGCGAUCCCAGGAACACAAAACAUUGGGAAAGAACCAGGCCACAAACAUCUCCAGUCCCACCAAACCAUUUUGGGCACCACAGGAAACAGAUGCCCCUUUGAAUCUUACGAUGGAGAUGGACUCCAAAGACAUUAUAUGCCAGUUGUGCGGUGCAUGGUUCGAAACACGCAAAGGCCUCUCGAGUCACGCUCGGGCCCAUCUGCGCCAUUUCGGAAUCGAGUACUCGGAAUCCAAAGGCUCACCCAUCGACCUACUCAACCGCUUCAUUCUGACCGAUGACUUCAAGCACAAAGCCAAUGCCUUUCUCUCGGAUAGUCCCGAAGACCUGAGGUCCCAUAAACCCAGCAUGGCUUCCCCUUUACCCUCCACCUCUUCCACUAAAAGGCCUCUUCCCUCAAGUCCUCUCCUUUAUAAAACAACUCCAUUGAGGACCAACAUUGGCUCCAAAGCUACCUCAUCUUCUCCACACACCUUGUUAGGUCCACCCGCAAAGAAGCAGAAAUCCUCUUCCAUGCAGGUCCUUCAUUUUAGUGGUGGUGAAAUGAUGUCCUUCCCUAUAGAGCCAAUGAAAGAUGUGAACUGUGAAUUCUGUGGAGAGCUUUUCGAGAACCGCAAAGGUCUCUCCAGCCAUGCCCGUUCCCAUCUGCGCCAGCUCGGCAUUACAGAAUGGUCCGUGAAUGGCUCUCCUAUCGACACGCUACGGGAGAUUAUAAUCCGUCGAGGUCUACCGUCCAUCACACCUCUUAAAUCCCCAAAGUCCCCGUCUUCUCCGGGUCCGGUGGUGCCUCGGUCUGCUCUCCAUUCCUCUUCCCCAACCGGGAGUGUCCUCGGGCGUCUGCCUUUCCACUUUCCUCAUUCACCGAUCCAGGAUCAGUCCGCUACCCGGAAAAUGUCUCCUUCCACAUCCACCGCUAGUUCUUCUCCGGCAGUGGAGAUGGUUAAACCAAAACCGGAGCCUGAACUUGUAGAAGUAACAAUGAAAGGGUCAGAUAUGGGUGUAAAUGAAGGCUACACCCUGGAGCCGCAACAUUCCGGUUUAAGCAGUUCAGAUAAUAUUUAUCCAGUCAACUUCGUCAUGACACAGGAGAAGGAACCUUCCCGCGACAUUCGAUGUGAAUUCUGUGGCGAAUUCUUUGAAAACCGCAAAGGCCUCUCGAGCCACGCCCGUUCCCACCUGAGGCACAUGGGAAUCACGGAGUGGUCCGUAAACGGCUCGCCCAUCGACACGUUGUGGGAAGUCAUGAGAAGACAGGGAACAACCCCUGCGUCUGUUGCCUUGGGAAUAAAGGGGGAACUGGAACAGGAUGGUAGGGAAUCAUCGAACAGUCCGAGCUAUCAUUCCCCCAUGCUGUCCCGCAAGUCGCCCCUUAACCUUCUCCACUCUGGUUCGCGCCUUCAUAAGCAUGGCCUUGGGGCGGUGAGCUUAACCUCCACCUCAUCUGUGGCCAAGUUAUUUGGGGUGAAUCAGCUAAAGAAGAAGGUGCAGAUGGACGAGGGAGCACCGGGAGAGAAGUCACUGCCUAUCCAAUCUAAAAACUUCUCAAAUCUUCCACAGGACUAUUCCUUUAAGAGCAAAGUCUCCAUAGAGAAACAUGGAAUGGGCCACAUGGAUGCCAGUUGUGAACUCUGUGGAUUUUACUUUGAGAACCGAAAAGCUUUGGCAAGUCACGCUCGAGCACAUCUGCGGCAGUUUGGCGUGACUGAGUGGUGUGUGAAUGGUUCGCCUAUCGAGACGCUGAGCGCCUGGAUCCGCAGCCGACCGCAGAAGGCAGCAGAGAUGCAGCAGAGUUACAAACAAGGAGCCCGUUUCGCCCAAAAGAAAAGGUGCAAUUCUGCUCUUCCGCCGCCCCGUGAUUCUGACCCUACCACUCCUGCUUCCCCCAAGCCCACAGUGACCAAGUGGGCAUCUCUCACAUUGCCCCAAAAGAGGGCAAUAGGACGGGAUGCCAGCAGCUCAUCCUGGGGUUUAUCAUUAAGGGCAACAGAGGCAAAAAGUAGGAGUGGAAGUUCCACACAGCAUGGCCCGAUUCCUGAAAGUCGUCAUUCCAGUAACGCACUUCCACACGUGCAGGUGGCCCAUAGUGAACUCAACGUGCGCGUACCACGAGGAUUUGAGAGACGGCCACCCAAACAUCCGUCACAUGCCGAUGGAGGAGAAAGAGAUAGCGGCCCUCCAAAACCACGCUCCGGUACCGUACCUGCUCUUGUGCCAAAGCCCCCUUCCACCCCACUGGUUAGACUUGUGGGUAAAAUUUACUCACUUAAGUGCCGGUUCUGUGACGUGGAAUUUCACGGUCCCCUCUCGGUACAGGAAGACUGGAUCAGGCAUCUACAGCAGCACAUCCUCAACCUGAACUACAAGACUGAACCACCCGUGAAGGAUGCGUCUCCUAAACUCCCGGCCUCCACUACAACCACGACUCUCACUGCCACCCCAUCUGUGCCGCCCCCAGACCCCGCGGCCACGCCCACACCAGCAUCUGAACCUGCACCCACUCCAGCCCAAGCCUCAACGCUGCCCCCUGUGGCCGCCUCAGUGCCACUACCCACAUCAGAGCCACUUUCAUUCCCCGCUAAAUAGUGUCGCUUCCAUAUGUAUGUAUCAUAAGCUAUUAUAUCUCUUUGGUUUGGUUUCUGUACAGACUCUUACUGAAUAUUUGUAUAAAAUCUCUGAUAGCGACCCACUUAAAACCUGCCCUACAUUAGACAAGCAUCUGUUCUGACAGAUACACACUUGAGGUAGGUCUGUUGCCAUGGCAGCUCUCAUCUCUUAAUGAUCAAAGUUAUUUAAAGUUAACGAAAAUUUCAUGCAUUUUUGAGGAUGCAGAACGAGUAUGAGGUAAGUUUGUUAAAUAAACUACCCGAAUUCAUGACGUUUAUUGUCAAGAGGUGCUGGAGUGUCUGUAGCCCUACCAAAUAAAUCGUUGACAAAUCAAAGAAAAACAAACAAUCAAAAGGCACAAAACGUAAAAAUAUGACAUAGCACUUAUUCUAAAGUUCUUGAUCUCAUCUGCUUCUACCAUAGGCAAAUUCAAUGUCGUGCAGCUUUGACAUUUCUAGUACAGCCCAGUUUUUAUGUUGAUGAUUCCACAAACCUUUCUUGAAGGCUACAAGCUACGACUGAAUCUCGUCACUGCGUAAAUUGGAUGAUCAGAUUCGUCUAGAACCAGUUGCUGCUAAAUAUUUAAAUAAGCUAAGCACAUUGAGUUAUAUGUAUCGUUCUAGCACAUGACCAACAUUUGGAGAAAAUAAGCAUGAAACUUCUGUUAUGUCUAGCAUACAGGUGUUACCAUUUUGUUUGGCACAUUAUUUUGUAGCGCAUUUGCACAUAAGCUGUAUCUUACACGAGAAAGUUUUGCAUGAUGCUUUGAUGAAUCUGAUCUUAGAUUGCAGCUUUUUAUUUUAUUUUUUCUUGUUAGUUUUGUGCUUGGCACAAAGUAAACUCUAAAUGAAACAGCUGACAAGCUGUCUAAAAACGCCGUCACUUUUAAAUAAUGAUGAAGCUUUCUGAGAAAUUGCCUUGGCACUAAGUAUUUUAGGACUAAAGAUACGUUUUUUUCCCCAUAGACAGUGAGUCAAAAUAUGUCUAUGGCUUAGCUGAAUGGCUACACUACAUCAUUGAAUGUUGAUUGAGAGUUUAAAAGUCUUGCACUUUUAUCUGGGAUGAAUUUGGGAAUGAAUGUGUGUUUCAAUUUGAUUACUUAAUCUGAGUAAGGACAAAGUACAAAGUUCUGCCCAUGUAUUUUUUUUCUUUUGAAGUCAACAACUUGAACUUGUUUGUGACAAAUGAUGGAUUUCAAAAAACCCCGGGCCCAGUUGUUUAAAACUAAAGUUUAAAGAGACACUCCACUUUUUUGAAAAUAUGCUCAUUUUCAUAGUUCAUCAAGGACUUUGCUGCUGUAACAUGGCUGCAGUAGGCAUAGUGAUAUUACACACUGUUCGAAAAUAGUCCCCUUGGUUACUUUCAAUGGCAGGGGACUAUUUUCGGUCACUGCGUAAUAUCAUUGCGCCUGCUGCAGCCAUGUUACAGCAGCAAAGUUCAUGUUGAGGCAGCAAUAAUCAAGUCCUUGAAUAUUACACAGAAUGAGAGUAUAGUUCCUAGCCUUGCAAAUUUUAAUUUUCUGUCGGUCUUAGUACACGAUGUAACUACAGAAGAGUCAAGUUUUAAAUAGGAAAAAUAUCAAAACUCUUAGGUCAUUUUUAGCGCAAUGCUAAUGGUCUAAUCAGAUUUAAUGGAAAAAUGGCCGAAUUGCCCUGAAACCACGCCCACUCGCGGAAAAGCUGCUGUCUUUCUCAACUUUCAAAUACCGCUACCACCUGAAUGGAUGCUCGCAAUUGUGUUAGGGGUGGGGCCAUGCACCCCUCUCAAAUAAUCCUUAACACUCUGAUCCAGAUUUGAUAAUCCUAUGGUAAAAAUCCAUAUUUUGUCCCGGUUUUUGGAAGAGAUCACCCUGAUCUAGAUACACCACUUUUUAGAUUACCAAAUCCGGUUUAGUAGUGCUCUAAACAGUGUUGAGGGUAAGGCAUUACAAGUAAUGCGAAUUACGUAAUAAUAUUACUUUUCUGAAGUAACGAGUAAAGUAACCCAUUACUUUAUAAAUGAACACAUUAAUAUUUGAGUUACUUUUUUAAAAAAGUAAUGCGAGUUACUUUUCAGUUUAAUUAAUUCAAUUUAAAAAUAAAAUAAUGUACUGAAUUAAACUGAACAUAUUAACGUAGAAUUACACCUUUUGUAUGCCUGAGCGGGAACAGUUUGAGUCAGAAACUGAGAUGGCAGGCCAGAGCUUGACAUUUUUGUGAUCAUAAAAAACACCUGCAAGGCCUGAAAGAGAUCAAGCCUCAGCCUAUUUAGAAAAAGUAACGCAAAAGUAACUUAAAAGUAACGUAAGCAUUACUUUCCAUUAAAAGUAACUAAGUAACGCAAUUAGUUACUUUUUUUGGAAAUUAACUUAAUAUUGUAAUGCAUUACUUUUUAAAAGUAACUUUCCCCAACACUUGCUCUAAAUGGGAUCACAUAUGUAACCCUGGACCUCAAAACCAUUUUUAAAUUAAGAUUUAUACAUAAUCUGAAAGCUGCAUGAAUAGGCUUUAACACUGAUGUGUGUUUGUUAGGACAGGAUAAUAUUUAGCAGAGAUACAACUAUAAAAAAAGCUAUUCAAUGAACUCUAUAUUGAAUAUUGCACACAAAAAAUCUUCUGGGAUCCGAGGGUGCAAAAAAGUCAAAAUAUGGAGAAAAUCGCCUCUAAAGUUCUCCAAAUGAUGUCAUUAGCAACACAUAUUAUUAAUGAUAAAUACAUUUUUGAUAUAUUUACAGUAGGAAAUGUACGAAAUAUCUUCAUGAAACAUGAUCUUUACUUAUUCAGUCCUUCCAGAAAAACGCUGAGUUUUUUUUUUGGUGAUUGUUGCAGGCAAAAUCCUUGAUCUUGCGACAAGUUUUCUUAAAAAAUGCGAUGGAAUAUGCAGGAUAUUUAUGCAAUUUUAUGCGAUGAAGUUGCAGGAACUUGCUAAUAUUUCGGGAACUUUUUGCAGCUUUUCAAUGAUGUUCACGGCACAUAAUCACAUCACUUCAUACACUGCAAAAAAAUUAUUUUUUUAAAGAAAAUUUAUUGUCUUGUUUUCAGUUAAAAUAUCAAAAAAAUCUGCCAAUGAGGUAAGCAAUUUAUUCUAGAAUUUUUCUUGAAUUUUGUGUUUAAGAAAAAUGAUCAAGUUUUUUUGCUUGUUUUAUGCACAAAAUCACUUAAAUUUGAUCUUUUUGGUCUAAAAACUAGACUUAUUUUCUUGGGUCGUUUUGCUAAUCAAGAAAAGCAUCUUAAUUUAAGAAUUAAAUUAAGAAUUAACAUAUUUUGCGCACGGGAAGGGGCCAGUCACACCAAUAGCGUUUAUGGCAGUUGCAGGCGCCUUUUUUGAAUGAUAUUCUAUGGGCAGGGCGCGUUUGCGCGCUGUUUAUGCGCGCCGAGCGCCUUGCGGUUUUUUGCCGCCUGCCGCGGACGCGUUUUUGAAGGAGCGCUGAGAGCGGAGAAGCGCCCGACGUCAUUCGUGUCUUUCCAUUGUCCAAUCGAAUGAGGGGAGAGGGCGGGCCUUACGUUGUGGCGAGGGAAGUUUACAGUUGCUUUGAAGAACCGGACUCCACUCGCUCACUCUCUCCUGCGUGUUUGUGCACCUCUCAUCCUCAAACAAGGUCAGAGCAAGCGUCCUCUUUUUAAAGUUUCUGCUGAUAUGACAGUUAACAGCAAAAGAGCGCUCACGCUUCAAUAUUUGAUUGACAAGACAGCUGACUCGGUGGUUGCUUAGCAAUAUGAAAAGCCGCGUCGCACUGCUCUUUUUUUAAAAAAGGCAGUGCGUCGCGCCUUGCGUUUGCAAGCGUUUAAAGCGCUUUUGGUGUGACUGAAGCCGAAGUGCGGCGUAUUUGAAAAAAUACGGCCAUCGCAUAAAUAUGCGGACUUUAGCUGAUUAUGCGUUGAAUCAUGCGAUCGCAUAAUCAUGUUUUUCUGGAGGAACUGAACUUAUUAUCCUAAUGAUUAUUGCCAUAAAAAAUCUUUCAUUUCUACCAAUACGUAUUUUUUGCUAUUGCUGCAAAUAUACCCGUGCAACUUCUAACUUAUGGUUUGGUGGUCCAGGGUCACAUAUCACCAUGUCGACUACUAGCUAUGUAAAAAAUAACAGGUAGUGUGGUGUUCACUAAGUUUUUUUACUCGAAGAGACUAUAAAACAUUAAAACAUUCCCUUUCUUUUUUAAUUUAAUGAUUGACGAUCCAGAAAAAAAACUAUAUUUUUUGUUUUGAACAACUCUGAUCCGAUCUGAUAGCAGAAAUCCAAUCAGAUACUUUUGAACAUCUGGGCCCUGACUCUUAAGAACUGAAUCAAUUUGCCGGUAACAAAAUGUGCCAAAGAUUCGCCUCUCAGAUUGAGUGUGUCUCAAUAGCUUUAGUGUACUAACUAGUAAAGACGAAUGAUUUCAUGUAGUUGGUUUUGUAUUUUAUUCGUAGUUUUGACAAUAGCAACAGCUUUUUGCAUCAAAGGAGAUUUAAACGAGACAACUAACUGAGGGACGCAAGACAUUUUGUUUUUUUUCUGUAUCGUAACAUUUAACUAUAUGUUAUAUGGGCGGUUUCCCAGACGGGGUUUCGGUGAAUCCAGGACUAGGCCUUAGUUAUAUAAGUUGCAUUACUAUAGUUUAUAUCAUAAAAAAAACAAUACUUGUGUGCACCUUGAUACCAAUAUUUUUAGAUUAUAAUUUUAAAUUAAGCCAGCUCAAACUUGCAUUUUAGUCUGGGACUAUGAACCCUGUCAGGUAAACGGCCCCAUUGUGUCUGAAUGGCCCAAGAAUUCACUAUGAUGAUUUAAAUUAAUGACUGCCUUUCGAACGUACGACUGCUUUAUGUAAAAUUUCUAUAUCUGCACAUAUAGGGAAGUGACAACAGAGCGGUCCAUACAUUACGAAUAUGGAUGUUUGUUGUAACUUUCAUGACUUAACUUUGACUGUUAGGCUUUCAUUAUUCUUAGAAGGGAAUAUCAUUGAUUAUUAUCGCAACCUAACAUAUGUAUAGAUCAGAAAAACUACAAUAUUAACAGUUUAACACAUCAAAUGUGAUCUUGUUGUGAAUUUAUUUGGAUUUUUAAUGCUGUGUAUUUUUGAUGGAGCUGUGCGUUACUUUGAUUCCAGUUACAUAGCGGUGUAAUAGAUGAAUGUUUUAUUUUUUAUUUCAUCCGUUUCUCUUUUAAGACGAACUACAUUGGUGCUCAUGAGAUUGAAUGGAUAUGAAACGGAGAUGAUGAUGGUUUAUUGAGAGAUUGUCUAGUCCUGCGAGGACUCUAAAUAAGUGUCUUACAUGUGACUGCUGUGUACCGAGUUCAUGUUAUUUGUUAGUUGGGACAUUAGUUUGUGUUUAACAGCUGAUGGUUGAAGUUCUCUUAAAGAUCUCUCCAGCUGGUUUAAGACUAAAGUCUCUGUAAAUGUAUUUGUGUAAGAGAGAGAAAAUGUGACUUUUUGUGGCUGAAAGCAAGAGUUGCCAGAGAAGUGUUGACCAGAGCGCAACCGUAAAAAAGGUUCAUGUGAAUCUGCUCAUGACUGAACAUCAUUAAAUGUGAUCUGAACUGUU